AUGGAGGUCACUGGGAGGCUGUUUAUUUGGGCCGCUUUAGUUGCCUCCUGUGGGGCACAGCUGAUGUCCACAGUGGCUGAAGGCAGAUCAACAUGCACAGCAAGCCUGGCAGGGGCCAAUUUUGGAGAGACCCACAAGGCCUUCAUCCUACAGCUCAAUGCUGACGAGACCUGCAUCUGGACCAUAGAGAGACCUGAAAACCAGAGCAUCCGAAUCAUCUUCCCCCACAUCCAGCUGGAUCCGGCCGGCCGGUGUGAAAAUGAGAGCAUCAAGGUGUUUAUGGACACUCUCACCGCCGGGCCUCUGCUAGGGAAGGUCUGCAGUGAAAACGACUUCGUGCCUGUAUUCGAAUCAUCUUCAAUUCGCUGACGUUUCAGAUAGUCACAGACCCUACAAGUGUCCCAAAGAAGCGUCUUUGUUUUCUACUACUUCUUUUGUAUCUUUUCAGCUAUUCCAGACUGUGGUGGUUACCUGGACACUUUGGAAGGAUCCUUCACCAGCCCCUAUUAUCCAAAGCCACACCCUGAGCUGGCAUACUGCGUGUGGCACAUACAGGUGGAGAAAGGCUAUAAGAUAAAACUCAACUUUAAAGAGGUCUUCCUAGAAUCGGAUGAUCACUGCCGAUUUGAUUUCAUCGCACUGUACGAUGGCCCCUCCACCACAUCUGGCCUGCUCCAACAGUUGUGUGGUCAUGGGCAGCCUACCUUCGAGUCUUCUUAAUCCAUGACUGUUGUGCUAUCUACAGAUUAUGCCAAUUCCUACAGGGGCUUUUCUGCUUCCUAUACUUCAAUUUAUAGAGAUGUCAACACCACAUCUUUAAGUUGUUCUUAUGAGAAGAUGAGAGUCAUCAUAAGCAAAUCGUACCUGCAGUCACUUAACUACAAUGAGAAUAACUUGCAACAAGACCCGACUUGCAGACCGAGUGUGUCCAACGUCAUAGAAUUCUAUCCUCUGCACGAGUGCGGUACAAUCAAAAAGAUAGAGGACCACACCAUCUCUUACACCAACAUAAUCGCCUUCACCGAGUCCCCGAUGUCUGCAGUCAUCACCCGUCAGAAGCACCUCCAGAUCGUGGUGACCUGUGAGAGAUACAACUCUACUGUGGAGAUUCUGUACAUAACGGAAGAUGACAUCAUACAAAACCAAAGUGUCCUGGGCAAAUACAACACGAGCAUGGCUCUGUAUGAGUCCAGCUCCUUUGAAGACCGUAUACAGGACUCCUAUUAUGUGGAUUUGAACCAACAUCUCUAUGUCCAAGUCACUCUGCACACCUCAGACCCAAGUCUGGUGGUUGUUCUGGAUACGUGCAGAGCCUCUCCCACUUACUGACUUGCGUCUCCAACCUAUGACUUAAUCAACAGCGGAUGUAGUCAGGAUGAGACUUGCCAGGUGUAUCCCUUAUCCGGACACGAUGGACGAUUCCAGUUUAAUGCCUUUAAAUUCUUGAGACAUCUGAGCUCUGUGUACCUGAAGUGUAAAAUCUUGAUCUGUGAUGCCAACGUACGAAUCGUCUCGCUGCAGUCAAGCUGCAUCUCAAGAAGGAAGCGAGAUAUUUCGUCAUACAAGUGGAACACUGAUUCUGUCAUAGGACCCAUACGCCUGAGAAGGGACCGACGUGCAAGUGGAAAUCCAGGACUUCUGCCUCAAACACACGCAGGAGAAACUUCAGGCCAGCCUCUCAGCCACCUGCACCUCUUUUCCUUCAUGGUUCUUGCUCUCAACGUGAUUAUUGUGGUUGCAGUCACAGUGAGACAUUUUGUAAAUCAGCGGAUGGAUCACAGAUACCAGAGGCUGCAGGUCUACUAG